AUGUGGGUUGCUUGCACUGUUGGUUACACGGAGCAGGGAGGUGGAGCUGCCCCGGGCGAGCAGGCGCUGCUGCUGUUGGCCAGGGUGCCCGGCCGCGCUGCCCUUGCCACAGAGCCAGCUUCUCCGCCAGCCCCGCCGCCGCGCUUGGGCACACAUGCUCGCUCCAGCUUGCACCCAACCAAACAGUGCCAUCAUCUGUGUUGUAGUAGAAGCAAGAUUUCAUGGAUUUUCUUUGAACAAGUAUUGCCCGAUGAGAGAGAAUUUCAGUAUGCUGCUAAAAUGAACAAUUUGGAAACCAUGGAAAAAUUAUUUAAAAAGAAUAUUAACAUAGAUGCUGUAGAUACGUUAAAACGCACUGCUCUGCAUUUUGCUGUUGCAAGGAAUCAUAUAUCUGCAGUUGAUUUUCUUCUCCGUCACAAAGCUAGACUUGACAUUGCAGAUCAGCAUGGCCUGACAGUGAUUCAUCUUGCGGCUUGGUCUGGAAAUCUGGACAUUAUGCGAAAAUUAGUUAAAUCAGGUGCUGAUCAAAAGGCUAAGAAUGAGGAAGGAAAGAAUGUACUGCAUUUCGCAGCUCAGAACAACAGUGUAAAAAUAGUUGAUUAUUUUAUCCAGGAUCUUCACCUGAAAGACUUGAACAAGCCUGAUGGGAAAGGUAGAAAACCAUUUCUUCUGGCGUCUGAAAAAGGCCAUGCUGAUAUGAUUAACAAUUUGAUUAGGCUAAAGCUGUUUACAUCUGAAAAAGAUAAGGAGGGAAAUACAGCAUUGCAUCUAGCAGCUAAAAAUGGACACAGCCAAGUUGUAGAAAUUCUGCUCGAACAAUGGGAAGAAAUAAAUGACCUCAAUCAGCAUGGAGAAACUCCAUUUUACUUGUCUGUUGAAGGAGGUCAUGAAAAAUGUGCUGAACUCUUACUGGAAGCAGGGAGUGACAUCAACCUUUUAACUCAAAACAAUACCAGUGCUCUACAGAUUGCAAUCCAGAAUGGUCACCUGUCCUUGGUCUCAUUUCUUCUUGAUAAGAAUAUUGACCUUGUCUCCAAACCAGAGGAGAAGAAUAGUCCUCUCCAUUUAGCAGUCAUCAAUAAUCAUCUACCUGUAGUACAAAGUCUCUUGGAUGCCAAUCAUGAUAUAAACUCCUUAAAUCACAGGCAGGAAACCCCUUUACAUCUGGCAGCUGAUCUUGGCAAUGUGGAGCUGGUGGAGCUGCUGCUGAAGGCCGGCUGUGAUCUCCAGGCCUUGGAUAAGCAUGGAAAAACUGCACUAGCUGUGGCAUCCAGGAGCAAUUAUGCCCUCAUCGUAGAUAUGAUCAUUAAAGCAGAAAGAUAUUAUGCUAGAAAACAGGAACAUCUAGAUUGUAAUGACGCUGAGUCAAAUUUUGUUCUAUCUUUCAAACAAGAUCACAGUCUGCAGACCAAGCAAAUCCGUUCUUCCCUUUGGAAUCUAGCAUACAAUCAGUUAAAACCCCAGGAAUGGAAAAAGCUGGCUCUGUUCUGGAAGUUCACAGAUGAGCAAAUUAAAGCUAUUGAAGAACAAUGGACAGGAAAAAAAAGUUAUAAGGAACAUGGACACAGAAUGCUGCUCAUCUGGUUGCAUGGUAUAUUGCUGGCUCAUCAGAAUCCUGUCAAACAUAUAUAUGAAGACCUAAUGGAAGCAGGAUUUCAUCAUUUAGCUGAAAAGAUGAGAGCUGAAAGUAGCACUCACCAGGAGUCCAGAAAAUGUGCAAUUUCAUGA